AUGUUUUGGGCGGCCCAUCUGGUUAGUUCAGCUAUCACUGCUGGAAGCCCCUGCGGUUGUUCGGCUGCGUACUCCCCGUUUGCGUAUCUCACACUCCCAAAGCAUCUUUUUUUUUCAUAUUUCAUUUUUCCGGUCGGCUUCGUGCAGAUAGAUGUUUGCCGGGGGAUAUUGGUGCUCCUGAGAUAUACUAAAAAAUCAAUCCUUUCUCCAAUGGACAAUGAUGGUUGGGAUCUAUCAGCCAUUGUGCGUAGUUGUAAAGCUACCACCUUUACCAAUCCCACCACCGUUUUUGAAACUCCCACCCCCAACACCUCGACCAAUAACACUAGAUCUCCUCUUAAACCAACUGAUUUCAUAGAGCUAGAAAAAUUGACAACCAUCAUAAAUCCCAAUACCACUAUCUCCACCCCCACCUCCACCUCCACCUCCACCUCCGCCGCCAAUAUCCUUAAACCCACAUUCACUAUCGGCACCCCCGCUUUCACUUACACCGGUGUUCAUAACACUAAUCAAAACUCAACUUUUUAUGAUGUCUCAACACUCGGGAUACAACAAGAAAUGCAAUCAAAUCCACGAACUGAUUUAUUCACAAGGGUGUAUAUUCCUACAAAGGUUAACUGCAUUAAAGUUACUAGUGCUCAUUUUGAUCUUGCAUACAAUCACCCAUCACUUCAACAACAAUCCCAAAGAGAACUCAAUCAACUACCGAUUCAAGUAACACAAAUCAAUUCUGUGGUUUUACCAAAUACACGUCCACAACCAAAAAAAUACAGAUCAAAUUAUAGGUAA